CUGUCGCGUCGCAAGACGGCGUGCGCGUCGCGCGGCUGCCCGUUUCUCUUGCGCUUCGACGGGAGCCGCGAUAAUGAGAAGAUCUGGCCUGUCGUGCGACGAAGCCGCUCGUAGAUUUUCCACUAGGCCAUGUUUCUCGAAAGGUAUUACGCGUGAACAAGCGUCGUCGGCAAGUCUGCUCCAUGUGAUGGGACAACUGCAUGGGGCAGCUGGGGCCGGCACAGGAACUUUCGCAAAUAGCGGGUGGUGGAAGUCUUAUCAACACUUAUUCAGGCAUGCGCAUCGACGUUUGCGGCACUUGUGGCUAUACGGUGCACGUGAUUCCAAAGCAUCGUCGCGUCAGAGCACCGACGACAUCCAAGUGAGUCGCAGUUUGACUUUAAUCAUCGCGAUCUGCGGGCUCGUCGCCUUGGCGGUCGUCAUCUUGGUCGCCAUGGCCGUCGUACUGGCUUUCGCCAGGCGAAGUACUUACCGAGGCAAGCAUCCACCGGAUUACAAAGAAACAUUCAACAGCUGGAUCGACCCAGUUCGUCACCUCGAGAAAACUGGAAUCCUGACGAGGGGGCCUGGAAAACUCUUCCGGUGCAAAAGCCCAGCCAUGCGGGACUUCGUGGGCCUCAAGACGGCGGCGGGAGACGACGCUUGCCCCUUCCGGUCUUCGCGCGAGUGCGGUGCCACAGGGCCUCCACGCCGCGACUGCUCGGUGUUCGCCUCGCGCGGUCAGGCGCUGACCAUGGAGCAGCUGAGGGGCGGCGAGAACGAGGACGGUGACUGCGGGCGCUCGGCCAGCGCCCGGCCCGAGUGGUUCGACGCGCACAAGUUCGGCAGGGCCAAAGAGAUCUUCAGGGAGCACUUGUUCAGUUUCUUCUUCGCGCACCUGGUGGGGCUCGCCAUGGUGGUGACGAAGCCGUCCAUCCUGGAGCCCCUGACCAGCACGGGCCGGUCGUCGACGCUGUCCUGCCUGUACCGGCGCUACCUGAGCACCCUGCGGCACGUCAAGUGCUGGUACGAGGGGGACAUCUGGGGCCGCGACGACGCGGCAGCGCUCAGCAUCGCCAGGGUGCGCCAGAUGCACCGCGACGCCAGCGCUCAGCUGCGCCACCGGCGCUGCCCGGUCAGCGGCGCCACCUACCUCUCCCAGCUGGACAUGGCGGUGACGCAGUUCGCCUUCGUCGGCCUCGUGGUGCUCUACCCGCGCCAGCUGGGGCUGUCCCUGAGCGAGUGCGAGCUCGAGUGCGUCCUGCACUUCUGGAGGUGCGUCGGCUACAAGCUGGGCAUGGCGGACUCGUACAACCUGUGCUCGGGAAACUACCGCGAGACCUUCGACGUGUGCCUCGAAAUGCAGGAGAAGCUCAUCAAGCCGGGCCUAGUCAAUGCGUCCCGAGAGGCCUCGGCCAUGAGCAAGGACAUCAUCAGCGCCGUCCGCGUGCUGGUCAUCUUCCUUAGCUACGAAGGCAUGAUGACUUACUGGGCGAGGCAGGUCGGACUGGACUUCAACGCGGCGCUCAGCCUGUACGACUGGUGGAGUUACUGCCUCAUUUGGCUCACCUUCAACCUGCUGCUGCGCUACAGGACGUUCAGGAACAUGUUCAACUGGCUGCUCAGGGUGGCCAUCCGGCGCGGAACAAAGUGGGGCGGGUACCUACAGAAGCAGCUCGAGGCGCAAGAACUGCACGCCAAGGGCAUGCACCUGAGUUAUGCGUACAGAUACCACUGAAUGAGAGUUAUAUGCCGGAUGAUUUAGACCUCUCGAGAUCCUUGGAAAUAUCAUAAGGAAAGGCUUAGACAUGAAACGGCUGCAUUCCGUCCUCGUGAGUAUCUUCACUUGCACGAAGCUCUGUGAAACAGUGACGACGAACACGCACCAAGCGUACACAUCUAUGCCGCACUUUCACAUAGAAAGGCGGUGUUAGAUGAUCCUUAGUAGACUCGAGGAAAAGAAAGGAAAGCAUUAGUUAGAGACACACAGCAACGGCAUGGAGUUAGUCUGGUGACAGUUUUGAAGAAAGAACUCGGCGUAGUCAAGGAAACAGCAAUCACGCUCUCAAAUUUCAAUGAACGCAAUAUAUACACGAGGAAAAGCCUGGAAACACGCAGCAGUGACGGCGUGCAUUAGGCCUACUAGUCGAAAGAGUCACCAAAACGCUAUUACGGCUAUUACCAAAAUGUGGUCGCUCCCGCGUUGCUUUCGAAACAAAACGUCGGCAUACAAACGACUAAGUGCUGUCAAUCGUCAAGGUAGGUUUGCGGCCCAAAAAAUUCCGAGGAACGGGAGCCACAGUUGUCUGGGUUAGAGGAAGGUGUGGUGAUCUUGAAAAGACUUCUGUGCAUGAUGUGAACAGUUGUGCCGGCACGGGGUGCAAUAUUCUCAAACCCUUUCCAAACAGCUCCCUUAGCUUCGUCAGCAAUUUUAUUGUUCUGCAAAGCUGAGCGCGUUAACGACGGAGCUCUACUUCAAUUUCUAUUCACCGGAUAAUGAAAUGGGACAGCCAAGCGUUCCCGCUUGCUUGGAAAGCGGCACUACAAAGAAGCGUUUCGUGACAAAGCAGACGCAUUCAUUUUUAAAGCGCACGUUCGACUGCUGGAAGCAGAAAACUAAGUAAAAUUUUGCAGCUAAAGACUGUGACCUGCUGCAAAAGUAAGAACGAACAAAUUUGCAAUGCCUCAGAAAGAAGAGCCGGCGUUUUGAUCGGUGAACCUACGUUUGACGAGACGGCCUUCUGAUACUAGAUGGGCCAAUGAUGGUUGUCGUGGUAACACUUGUCGAGACGUUGUGACGGCAGAAGCGAUUCUGUAUAAUAAUUUAUUAAUACCACGCGCUUUCAGAGACUGCAUUGUCUGUAAUAUCUGUAGCCGCUGUGCCUGGGACGGUGACUGUGUUGUGUCCUUGUGACUUAGGCUUCUCGCCAAACAGGACAAGCUGCAUGCCUGCAAGUUUCUUGGAACAGACUGUGAACAUCCCAGAUACGACCAACCGUCUUUAUUGAGUAAUCAGUGGCACCGUUAACGUUUCCUUUUAUUUGGUUUCCGUGCCUUGAGAGGGCAGAAAUAACAGUGGGAGAUCUGAGCCUCAUGAUCAUCGUGUAGGCUUGGGCUAAAACGUAGAUACCAAGGAACUGUGCAAGGUAUGACAUUGGGCGGUUUUUCGGUCUGCCUGAGCUAUGAUCUGUGGCGUUCCGAACAACUGGAACGAGCGCUUUCUGUUGGGGCCGAGACGCCACUUUCUUCACGGAUACUUUUUCGUGCGAAUAUAACGCUAUCAGCAACUCGUAAUUAAUCGGCUGAUGGACAAUGAUUAGCACGAUCUUCAAGACGGUUGUUGUGUGUUCAGCUACGCAACUUGAUACGAUUGAAGUAUACCGUGGCAUCAUAAGACAGGUGCUGCAGUCUUGUUGUACUCCCGAAGUUAGUUAUGGCAACAUUGUUCGCGACGCGAAAAGUACGACGGCGCUACUGCACCGCAUGCGGUGGUACCUGUUUUCAGGGAACCAUAUUCAAUCAAAAGAGAGAGCCUGAAAUAAACGGUAUAGAGCCUAAGUUGAAGUCUGGCAUUGUGUUCCGUGUCUGGAAAGGUAUUUCAGUCAUUGCCAGAAAAACAACAGCAGUAUACUGGAAUCACGAUGGUGUUAUUUAACGGUAAGCUCAAGUACUUACCUAAUUUUGGCGCUGUGCAUACCAUGAGGCCGAGGAUCCACAUAAAGAAUGCUGCGUUGAGCAGAAUUCACCGACGCGUAAUCUAACGCUGAACAUCUGCGGUGCUGCCCUGGACGCUCUAAUUUCGCCAUCUUGUCGAGUUCAGUUGGCCCUUCAUUGCGGAUUGACGCCUACAUAAGUUGCUCAGGCGGAGCAAUAGGCUAACACCUCUUGAAGCAACGCCAUAGCGCACGCCACAUCAAACAGGGUUGCAAGCUUCAAAGAGAUAGUACCUUGGCUUAUCUCUAGCGGAACCGAGUUUCGCGCAGACCACCCUAAAUUGGAAAAGACCCACGUGCUCCGUACCAUAACCAUAUAUGUUCAUACAGAGUUAUGUGGGAAAAUACAGGUUUACAGAGUUAUGUACAGAGCUAUGUGGGAAUAUACAGGAUCCUACUGGAUAAUAUAGGAUAAUGGAUGCAGGGCAAAUUGGGUAUACCGGAUUCUUAGCAUUAAGAGUACCCGCAGCUGUCGCACCUCAGUUAACGCAAUGAGGGAAAGUGACACAAGAUUUAUUGAGUCGCUGAAGUUUGGCGUCCCGAAGUGCCCGAGAUGCCGUGUACAACGAUCGAUCAUUGGCUGAAAGCAGUCGCCUGUGUUGUCACAAGCAGUCCGGGACGACAAUUCGAAGAGGUACAUAAAGAAAGAGGAAGGUAGUUCUUGAUGACUACCCUGCAUAGAGGGGAAUUAAGGGAAUGUGCAAAGAACGUAAAGCGUCCACAAGCGAAAAACACCAUUCAAGUCAAAUAAUGAUUUUUUUGCUGUGCCACCACCAUCAUGAAUGAAAUGUGAUGUUCAGAUAGAGUUUUCAGGCACCGCACACAUCGUUCUAGGUGUGAGAAUCCACUAACGUAGCUCCUGCAAGACCUGACUUCUAAAGUACUGUUAAAUUCUGCUCGUUAACUGAUUUCCCCAUGACUAAUCUUUACAUAACAAUAACCCGCUUAUGUUCUCCUGACUGUUGCCUUCUAACCGUUAUGUUAUAAAGUAAUAAUAUUGAUCAGAAUCGAAAGCGCGCCAUCAUUUGCGUGCAUUGCAGUUGCAAAAGUGCCGACUGCGUUCUGCAAAACAGAUUCACGGACAAAUUGUUCAUGUACAUAGACGAUUUUGUGACAAAAUAUGUCCGUGCACUGCGAGAGUUGUAAGUUCUACGAACAAAGACGAAAAAGUGGUGCCUGAAAGUAUAAUUAAAGAAAGCAAGGUUUGCUUCCUAGUAACGCUUAUACCACAAUAAAGUUUUAUAAAAGUGCGUUACUUACGAAUCACCGGUAACAUAGACAAUUCAGAUGGACGCACGAAUGAAUGCGUGCAUGCGUGCUGCAUGGCGCCAGAAAGUAAACGAAGCACUGGGGACAAUAACGCCGCUACAAUCGCUUGUGCUCAUAAAUCCUUCGUUGGCUGCUGAUCACGAGGUCGCGAGUUCGGUUUCCAGACACGGCGGACGGAGGUCACGGAAUUUUGUCGCUCCAGUCGUAUUGCAGUUGUGUUAAUCCUUCUUAAUGCGCUAGCCCUGUUGGGCACUUCAUGCGCUUUUCGGGCGCUAUUUAUCUAUGUAUUUAAACGUUUUUCCGCCCACCUGGGUCACUGAGUCACUAACAAUUAGUCGUACGUAUGGGGCGAGGGUCAAUAUGGCUAGCUGUCCUAUGGUCCAUGGUCGAAUGGUUAGCGUCUCGGGCUGCUGCGCUGAGGUAACAGGGUUCGACAGCAACCAUCGGAUCCACUUUGGUCACUGAUUGCGUGCCAAUGUGUACAUAUGCAUUUCCUCUUCUUG